GCGCACGGAGCAUACGCAUACUAUAUAAAAGGAAGAGCAUCCCUGUAGUGUCAGCACAACAGGUUCCCACGGCGUGUGAGUGAUUCCCGCAGUGCCGUCAUAUCCGCUGAGGCAAAAGAAGGAAAAACCGGAGUGAUUCCUGGGCAGCAGCAUCGCCAAAGCAACCAGUGCAGAGCACCGCUGAGUGUCGGCACUAAGGGUCAAAGUUCACAGAUUCCCGCGCGUGGGAAUGAGGGCUGUCUGUGUCGGAAUUAGCGCCGUCAGCUGUCGCGCGUGCAGGAAAGAUGCCGCCAGCAGCAGUGGCGGCAGGGCCCGCGCCUCGGCCCGCGUGCAGCAGCAGCUGUCGGCCAGCCAGCGACCACGCCCAGGAGAGGCCGCCUCCGCCCGUGGCGGCAGGGCCCACCUGGCCCGCCCCGUUCCGUCGCGGCGCGGUGAGUAGUUGGGAUUCCCGUUCGGCUGGGUGGCCGCCUCCUGCGGUGGCGGCAGGGCCCGCCGCCUCCUGGCGUGGCGGCAGGUGCCACGUGUCGCCCGCCGCGGCUGCCGCCACUGCUGAGGGGGUCUUUUUUAUCAAAUUGAUUCACAGGUAGUCCUUUUUGUCAAUUCAUCUUGGCAGGGGGUCCUUUUGGACAAAAAAUCCGCGCGAUGGAGUUGGCCUAAGUGCUCUAGUGCUACUUCCAUGAGAUGAGAUGAUCCCAACAUGGAUUUGUAUGGUCCGGUCGUUGCGUGAAUCAUGAGCCAAGAGGAAGAGGGGCCACCAUUUCCUUCUACUUGCUCCGCUGUAAGCCACAGCUAGCUAGCUAGAUCGUUGCUUGCCGAUCGAUCAUGAUCACUUCCCAAAACAAGCCGCGGUUGCUGCGCUGAGCCAACGAUAGCCACUUUCAGGCCAAGUAAUCCACCGAAAUAGGCGGAAUUGUGGGACUACUAUACUGGGGUGGAUGUUUUGUUUCCUCCGUGAUACCGUACCGAAUUCCCGCCAGCUAGCCGCAAGGAGAACGUGUUGCUUAGUUGUGGAUUGGAAGGCUAAAUUUCCUUGGGUUUUUUCUGUUGGCCUCAACUUAACUUUGAGGGUGAGAAGAGAAGAAAACCCUGGCUGGGCUGGCAUCAGUUGCUGAAUGGGAGCAUUUCCGGAAGAAAACCCGACACGCGACGCGCCGGGACGUUACAACUUAAAAGCUUGGAUUGUUGCAACAGCUAGCGCACACAUACAUUGCUUGCUUCAGGCUUCAGCUCACAACAACCAGCACGCCACAGCGGGGAAACAAAUCAAUUUCUUUUUUCUUUUCUCUUUUGUAUAAUUUUUUUUAAAGUCCAUUUCGUAAAACGAAAGAGCAGAGCAGACAAUAUACUCCGACGGCAUAGACCGUGCAUUGUACUGCUGUCUACUGGUGAGAUCCAUCGAUUUUCUAGUUGUAGUACAUUCCACCAGUCAGUUUGGCACAGACUAAUUAAUCAAACACUGGGAUGCAACUACUACACUAGUCCUGGUGUACUUGGAACCGAAGGAAGGUUCCUGGACACACCGAAUUUUAAGCGCGUAAUUCCUACUAGUACUCCUACUGGCUACCAGUAGUGCUGUGCUGGAUGGAUUAAGAAAAGAUUAACGUUCACUAGCCCAACGCAUUACACUAGUAUAGACUCAGAAGCCCAACAAUCAUUCAUUCAUUCCCCGUUUUCUUCAACCAAAAUCAUUUCGAUUCCGUGCCGCAUAAUAUAACCGGACAAACAACUUAAGCGUGUAUCACUCCCCUCACCUCACCUCACCUCACCUCACGUAUAUAACCAGCCAACAAGAAAGCAGACGCAGAAAGAGAGGAGGCCAGCAGAUUAGCGAAAGAGAGAGAGAUCCAAAAAGCUCCACACACGAACCAUUUUGCUGCUGCUGCCUGCUGCCGCUUUGGCCUUUCUGCGCUUUUGGCUUUCGCAUCUCAACCGUGCGACGACGCGAGGAAUCAACACGGGCGCCAUGGAGAGGACCGGUUCCAGCGCUGACGGCACGGGUCCUAGCACCUCCUCCUCCUACUCCACCGCCGACGCCGACGACAAUGGCACCGCCGGCGGCGCCAAGGUCUGGCUCCUCGUGCUCCUCUUCUCCCUGCUCCUGCUGCUCUUCCUCCCCUCCGCGGUGCGCCGAGGCGGCGGCGGAUUCCAGCGCGGAGGGAUUACGCUCAAGAGCGGCUGGGACGUUGUCAACCUCUGCCUCGUGCUCUUCGCCAUCCUCUGCGGCCUGCUCGGCCGCGGUGGGGGCGACGGCGAUGGGGAGCCCCCCGGCCCCGCGGCGCCGGCGCCCAAGAGCCAUCUGCGGGUGUCCCCUGCGGCGGCGGCGACGCCGGAGCCGAGCACGGAGGACGUCUGGGCGAGCUUCAACAACUCCUACACCAACCACAACGCCCAGACGGGGAUCCGGCGGAUGAAGAGCAGCAGCUCCUACCCGGAGCUGCGGCUGGACAGCGACGGCGUCUGGGGCCUCGCGUCACCGGAGUUGGCCUGGCGCUCGUACGACGACGCCGAGCUGUACCGGACACGGCGAGACGAGCGGCCCGACAGGGCCCGGGACGCCGAUCGGUCGCUCAGGAGGACGUCGUCGGAUGUGAAGACGAUCCCGGUGGACACCUACGAGGUGCGCACCAGACCGCUGCCUCAGGAUGCGAGGAGGCGGAGGCGGAGUGUCGAGAGGCUCCCCAAGAUGGAUGAGGUGGAGGAGGAGAGGACGCAUCCGGCGGAGACGGAGACUCUCGCUACGCCGGCGAGGAGCAGGACCUGGAGCCCGGAGGAGCUGGACGCUACGCUGCUGGGGAUGGCGUCCGCACCACCGGCACCUGCCCCACCGCCGCAGCCUCGCCGUCGCCGACGCAGCCUCGAGAGGCUCCCCGAGAUGGUUGAGGUGGAGGAGAAGAGGACGCGUCCCACGGAGACUCGCGCUACGCCGGCGAGGAGCAGGACGUGGAGCCCGGAGGAGCUGGGCGCUAUACGAUUGGAGAUGGCGUCCGCAGAACCACCACCUGCCCCGCCGCAGCAGCCUCGCCGUCGCCGCCGCAGCCUCGAGAACCUGCCGACAAUGGAAGAAGUGGAGAAGGAGAUUACAGUGGAAGAGAUCAAUCACCCGCAGUCGCCAUCGCCAGCCAUGUUUCCCCCAGGGACUCCGCCGCCACCACCUCCUCCGCCACCGGCGGCAAUGUCGAGGAGCAAGAAGAAGAGGAGCGGCAGCGUGGGCGGCGCAAAGGAACUGGCCUCCGCCAUUGCUCUCUUCUACCAGAAGAAGCGCAAGAGCAUUAUCAUGAAGAGGGAGAGGCACCACCACCACCACCACCACCACCAUCUCUCCGAUGACCACUACUCGUCGCCUUCGUCCGAAGCAUCGGCGAGCCCCGAAGCUACCGGCCGUGCCAAUCCUCCACGCCCGCCACCGCCGCCACCCCCUCCCCCGCCGCCGCCGUCAUCCAUCUUCUCCAACCUCUUCAAGAAAGGAGGCAGCAAGAGCCGCCGCAUGAACUCCCUCGCGCCACCGCAACCGCCACCUCCGCCCCCACCAACGCGCCGAUCAAGGAAACCGCCACAGCCUCCGUCUCGCCCCGCUCCUCCGCAGCCAGCGCCAGCUCCAGUGAGGACACGGCCGCCGCGCGCGAGCGCGCACCCGCAACAGCAGAUACGCGCGCAGGGGUAUCCGCAGCAGCCGCCACUGUAUCCCAGGCGCGGUGUCGUGUACUACGCCUACCCGCUUCCUCCGCCGUCGCCCCCAAUGCCGCCACCGCCUCCUCCACCGCCGAUGCUGGAGGGGGAGGAGGAGGUUCCGUCGGUCACUGCGUCACCGGCACCGUCGUACUGCGCGAGCCCCGACGUGAACACCAAGGCGGACAACUUCAUCGAACGCUUCCGCGCCGGGCUGAAGCUGGAGAAGAUCAACUCGUACCGGGAGAAGCUGCAGAUCCAAGAAGGCUCGACCGUGACCAUGGCGGAGGAGGACGGGGAGUUCAUGAUCAUUGGGUCCCUCUUCGAAGAUGACGAUGACGAUAUGUCGUUGCCGGAGACGCCGGCAACCGCUACCGCAGCCGCUGUUGCCGUCGGCUUCUAAAUUCGAAUUCUACUUCUGACUUCCGAGGUGUUGCAUUGACGCUUGGAAAAAACAGAGAGAAAAGCGAAUAAUUUUUUUUCAAAACAAACAAAAUGAAAAGGGAAUUUAUUUUCGGUAUUGGGUUAUUUGAGGUAUUUUCCAUGAGAUUUGGUUCACUUUUCUUCUCAAAUUUUUGGGUAGUUUAGGAUAAUUGACAGUGAGAUUGGGUUAUUGAUUGCUUGUGGAGAGGAUGAUUUUUUUUUCGAGGGUACACAAAUUGCGUACCAUAACUUUAUAGAAGGAGAGAAAAUUAGUAUA